AUGAACGAUCUAGCUCCGGUGCUGAGCAGAAGGAAACGCGCCGCGCGGGGAGCAUUUACUAGUACUGAGGGGGUAGUGAAUAUGACAAACAACAUCCGGCAUCGCCCUCACCUUUUCGACACUGCUGUCCUUCCUGCUUUGACGUACGCCUCGGAGAUUUGGACCCUACGAAAGCAGGAUCAGAAUGCUGCCAGCGUCACUCAACGCGCUGUGGGAUGGGUGAUGUUCGGAUUUUUUAUAGAUGAAAGUGUAACCGCAAUCGUCGAUCCUUGCGCCACAACCCAUUCUGUUCUUGGAGGGUCAACGGCAUUUGUUUCGAAUCCGCGAUCGUUCGUUUGCUCCGACUGCAACAUCGGUUUCCGGAAACACGUUAACCGUCAAUUCUUGGCAAAUUUUGACCAAAAUUCUUCCAGUCCCGCUAACCAUAACGGUAGUAUGCACUCGCCCCCUUUCCUGUUGAUGUCGCGAGUUGUUCCCUCGGAUGGAUCAUGUUCACAAUUGCUGAUGUCUAGCUGA